AUGGUCAUUAACCGCAGCUCUGUUCGAUUUUCCCCACGUCUAGCUCGCCAGCGAACUUUUGAAGGCGCAUAUUGGAGAACCUGUCUCUCGGCAUUCGGAUUUGCGUUGAUUAUCCUCCGCAUAUUCGAGCCAGCGUUCUACAACAUAGGUCUCGUCUUUGUUGGUUUCGGGGCUCUGAUGCUUGCAAUUGCUGCCUUGCGCCGACGGAAAAAUGGAGAUAUAUUUGAUACUACCAAACCAUUCGAAACCGGUGGAGGAUUUGUGCUUUUGACUUCUCUAUUGGCUUUCGCUACGUAUGUUACAUUAUUGGUGUUUAUUGUCAGACUAGGAAACUAG